GUUUUUUUAAUACAGUGGUCGUCAGUGUGAAGAUUUAAUCCCAAAAAUGGCGACUGUCUGAAGGAAGUGUCUGUUCCGUUUAAAAAUUGUACAUUUAACAAGUCCUUAUUGCAUUUUCCCGUAUGUUUAAGGACAGCGAUUAAUUGAAAAUGAUUAUAGACAAUCCUGAUCUAUUUAAAGCAUGGCUAACUGCAGUUUUGGAACCAUUAUGCGAUGCAGAUCCUGCUGCUCUAGCCAAAUAUGUUUACGCUUUGGUCAAAAAAGACAAAACUCUUGAUGAGUUGCGAGGUGGCAUGGUUGAACAACUGGAUGUAUUUUUGCAGCAAGAAACAAACAAUUUUGUAGAAUUACUAUUCAAAACCUUGGAAACUCAAGAGUAUGUGCUGCCUGUGCCAAAAGCUGAUCCAGAAGGGAGUGCAACACCAACUGCAGUUAAUCCUCCAGUACCACCAACAGUUGAUGAAAAACCGGCUGAAGAUCCAGUUCCAGUUGUUCCAAAGGCUGACAGUCCUACUCUCGUAGCACAAGUAAAUGGUUCCGCCCCUGUUGUCAAGCGGGAGAACAGAAAAUCCGAAUCCGAAAAGGAAGAUAGGGAUAAGGAGAAGCGACCAAGAAGUCGUGGACGUAUACGAUCCAGAACCAGGUCUCGUUCCAGAUCAUGGGAAAGAGACAGGCGGCGGUCUAGGAGUAGAGAACACAUUCGCCGUGAUAGGGAACGAGACAGGAGUCGACCUUGGAGGAAUAAGUCUCCUCCUAUGAGUAUCAGACGACAUGAUAGAAGGCGAAGUAGAAGUCGAAGUACGUCACCUUUACGAUCACGAAUACGCGAAGGACUUGAUCUUCGGGAUCACAGAGCUAGAUUUCGAAAUAGAUCUCCCACGCCGUUGAGGUCUAGGUCGAGAUCCAGAUCUCGAUCCCUGGAGCGCAAAAAAUUGGACCGAUUAGACAGACCUGAUCUCAGUAGGAAUGAACGUUUGGACAACAGUCCGGGUGGAGGAACGCCAACUCAAGAUAGUAAUCAUGGCGAUGUAGACAUGAGACUGUCUACGACUAGUCAAUCCAUACAAAGUGUUGUGGCCGCUGCUGUCAAUAUUCCCAACAAUCAAAUUUCUUCAUUCCCAUUGAAGCGACGUUGUCGUGAUUUUGAUGAAAAGGGAUACUGCAUGCGAGGAGAUCUUUGUCCUUAUGAUCACGGAACCGAUCCAGUAGUUUUAGAGGACGUGGCACUCAGUCGGGUUCUAAACUUUGGUCAGCAUGCUGGACCGGUUCCGGGUGCUGUUCCAGUUUCUGUCGUUUCGGAACCACCACCAGGACCAAAUGGCACUGGUUCUCAUCCUCAUAUUCCCUUAGCGAGUUUACCUGCUCCUCAUUUAAGAAAUCAGCAUCAUUCAAACAUGGAAUAUAAUCCCGAUGCACCGAGCAUGGAACCUCGAAUGACGUGGGGCAGACAUCCCCCACCUCCCGGUGGCUUAUACGGUCGUGGACAACGUGAACUGAUUAGUGUUCCCGUUAUUCCACACUCCAAUCCUGGAGAAAUUAUUCAUCCCCAAACAAAUCCACUGAAACGCAAGCAAGCAUUUGACAUUAAUCGUCUUGGACCAAAACAGCGCGCAUUACACAAUCCUGCAAAUUGUUCCCUCGAAUUGAAAAAAGUUCCCCGGAGUAUGAACAAUAUUACCCAGUUAAAUAACCACUUUUCGAAAUUUGGAAAAAUUGUAAAUAUUCAAGUGAAUUUCAGCGGCGAUCCAGAGGCAGCGCUGGUGACCUUUCAAAUGCCCUCCGAGGCAAAAGCCGCCUACAGAAGUACAGAGGCUGUAUUGAACAAUAGAUUUAUUAAGGUCUUUUGGCAUAAUAGUAACUCGAGUAAUAAUUCAACCAUUGAAAAUGUACCACCAGUAAGUUGUCGUCCAUCCGUGAAAGAAAGACUGGGAGACUCCCUGGCGAUUCCCGUCAAGGCUGAAGAAACUGAAUAUGUCCCAACUCGUCGCUCGGCCGAGGAGAUAAUUCCAAGUCAACCUUUAGUUCCCGUGUCCCCUAAAGCGACAGUUCAAUCUACAACACGAGAGGAAAAAGUUCUUGCCAUUAAGAAGACACAGGAGAUUCUCGCUGCCAAGGAGACACUCAAGAAGAAGCAGGAGGAGAAGCGUAAGGAGGCUUUGAAACUCACGGCGGAUUUGCGCAAGAGGAAACAAGAAUUGCUGGACAAACAAUUGACCGAAAUACGCGCUUUGAUCGAACGAGCUGAGAAGAAUCCCGAACAAAAAGACGCGAUUAUGGCGACUAUAAAAACAAUGCAACAAUCUAUCGACAAUCUCCGCAACGAUUUAGCUGCGAAUGGACAAAGUACUUCGACUAAGCCUCAGCCCAAGUCCCGAGAACAGGCUCAGAAAGAAAUCUUAGACGCCGAACUGGACUUGAUGAACGCUCAGCAAGAAGGACAAGACGCAGCCGAGUUGCAGAAGAGGCUGAAUGAACUGCGAGUUCAGGCCGCAGCCCUGGGAUUGAAUUCCGGCUCGGGAGUUGGACGAGGUUCGAGGGCGGCGAGAGGAACACGUGGGAAUCACAGUGCAGCAUUUAGAGGUCGUGGUCGAGGUAGUUUUACACAUGUGUCAGUGGAUCAUAGACCGACAAGUCUUCUAGUCUCUGGAUAUGAAACGGAAGAGAAAGUGGAAGUAUUAACCCACUUCAAGCAAUUUGGGGAAGUAGUCAAUCAAAUAGUAGAUGAUGCUACACCAUCUAUAGUAAUUAAUUUCAAGUCAAGAAAGGAGGCAGAGGUUGCAUUAGUUAAGGGUCGCACCUUUCAGGAUCGAUUAUUAUCUGUGACUUGGGUUUCCGGACAUCAUUUACAUCGCGGCGUUGCUGCCAGUAAUGCUGGCACAACUAUCAAUCUCUCAGGACGUUCUGAACAAUUACAAAAGACUCCCGAAGAUGAAAUUGAUCUAGAGGGAGCAGCGGAGGAUCUUCUUUUAGAUGAAAACGAGGAAGAGGAAGAUGAAGAUAGUGAAACACGUAGCUGGCGACGAUAGCAGAUUCAGCUUGUUGGGUGACAGAAGUUCAGUUUUACUUCCAAAAUAAGGAUUUCAUUCUGGACUUAUCGGUGUGCACUCGACUUAUUAGGUAUUACAGCACCAGGCAUAAAUUUACUGGAAUUUACAAAAUGAGAUCCAAAACCACGUUGUGCAUUCAUCAACGGUUAUUAUGUGUGUUAUAAUAUUUGUUAUACUUUAAAUACAAUGCGCAAAAAAGAAUGACAAAAAAAAAGAUAAAAUUAAAUACAAAUAACAAUGUCACAAUGCGCCUCAGCGAAAUUGAACAAGUCUUGAAUUAUACAAGUUUUAAAAAACUAGUAAACGAAAUUAUCCCAUUAUGUGUAGAAUAAAAUCACUAUGUUUUGUAUGGGAA